AUGGUUAGCCGUUCGAUCCCCAAUGGCUAUGGUCUGUCCUUCUCCGAGGUUGCGCCUCAUCUGACCAUCAACCACGAUGUCGCUGCCGAACUUGAUUCUAGCAAUGCCUUUGAAGGCCCUGAGAAGCUCCUCGAGGUUUGGUUCGCCCCAAGCCCUUCGAUCCUCCCUCCCGGAGCUCACGUAGAUGGCCUGAAGAGCGUCUCCGGUGACGUCUGGGUCGAUAUGCUUGACCUGGUCAACUGCAAGAUCCUUUCCGUUCUCAAGUCUGACACCGUCGACGCCUACCUGCUGUCCGAGUCGAGCAUGUUCGUCUUCCCCCACAAGCUCAUUCUCAAGACGUGCGGCACCACCACCCUUCUCCUUGGUCUCCAGCGCAUGCUCCACAUCGCUGCCCUUUACGCCGGCUUCCCCUUCCACAACGCCGACAGCGUCGAGAACAUCCGCUCUGCCGCCACGCCCUACCGCGUCUUCUACAGCCGCAAGAACUUCCUCUUCCCGGACAAGCAGCAUGGCCCCCACCGCAGCUGGAAGCAAGAGGUCAAGUUCCUCGACGACAUGUUUGAGGGCGGCAGCGCCUACAUGGUUGGCAAGAUGAACGGCGACCACUGGUACCUUUACAUCACGUCUCCCAACCAGUCGCUGACCCCCCCUCGCACCCCCGAGUCCGAGCUUGCUACUGGCGAGCAGGUCAAGAUCCCCGCUGGCGUUUCUCCCGUCGCUGCAGCUUCGGCUGGUCAUAGCGAUGAGACGCUCGAGAUCCUCAUGACGGACCUAGACGUAGAGAAUGCCAAGCAGUUCUACCUGGCCAACGCUAGCGAGAAAGCCCGCAACCAGCUUGCCGCCAAGGCCAAGGAAGCUCGUGACCGGGCCCAGGAGAGCCUCGGUAGCCUGGAUGAGGAAAUUGACGUCUUUGGCAUCGGAGAGGAUAUGGGCGGUGCCCAGCACGGAGACCUCGAUGCUACCGAGGCCCUGACCACUGAGGGACAUGCCCUUGGAACCGUUGUCUCCGAGUACUGCGGCCUCUCCGACGUCUAUCCGGCUAGUGUGUAUCCCGACGCCCGCGUUGACGCCUACCUCUUUGGACCCUGCGGAUUCUCCGCCAAUGGCGUUGUGCCUCCUCCUCCCGCUGUGGACGGAGAGUUAUCCAAGAUCAACGGCGGCCAGUACUUUACCGUUCACGUCACUCCCGAGCCCGAAUGUUCCUUUGCCUCGUUUGAGACCAAUGUUCCUGGUGGUCAUGGCGGACGCACCACGGCUGAGGUCAUCGAGCACGUCGUCUCCAUCUUCCGCCCUGGUCGCUUCAGCGUCACCCUCUUCGAGGCCAAGGGCAAGAGCGCCAACCCCUAUGGCAUGGGUGAUGACUUAUCCGACAAGAAGAGCAUCGCUAAUGACCGCCUUGUCGACCCUGUCCAGGGCUACCGUCGUAUUGACCGCAUUGUUCAUGACUUUGAGGACUAUGAUCUCGUCUUUCGCUUCUACGAGCGUCACGGGUGGGCUGGCGAGAAAGGUGCUCGCGUCGGAGAGCUUGAUUAG